GGGAGGUUUUUUUUUUUCUCGGUUUCCUGUUCCAAGGCGAACCAACGGCGAGCGAGAGGGGAAAACAGAAUCACCGAAGGAAGCAGGCGCACAGCACAAUCAAGCCCUGGCCAGGGUUCGUAUCAAAAUACCUUCAGCAUCGACAGAAGAACGCUGCCUAGUGGCAAAGUUUUGCUAAAGACCGGGCAGCGGAUCUCCGAAGAAUCUCGAUUUCGGUUGGGGCCUCCAGUGAAUUUUAGUUUCCAAUGGCUCAUAAUCUGGAGCGGCAACUUAAAGAACUCGGAUCAAAGUUGGGCAGUGCUCCGUCGUCGGCAGACGCUGUCGUCGAAAUAUUGAAGGAUUGUGUGUCGUGUCUCUCAAAAUUAGAUCAGACACCUUCAAAUUCAAUGAAGGUGGCUAUGCAGCCUCUCAUGAAUGCCAUUGCCAAACCAGCGCUCUUGAAACAUGAAAAUGAGGAGGUGAAACUCUUUGUGGCUUCCUGUGCCAGUGAGUUAACUCGAAUUACUGCACCCGAGGCUCCCUAUGACGAUGGAGUUUUACAAGAUAUAUUCCGUCUGAUUGUAAAUGCUUUAAGUGGCUUAAGUGAUAUAAAAGCUCCAUCAUUUCAAAGGAGGGUUCAGAUUCUUGAAACUUUGGCAACAUAUAGAUCGUGCGUCUUAAUGCUGGAUCUUGAAUGUGAUGAUCUCAUUAAUGAAAUGAUUUAUACCCUCUUUAAUGUUGUGAGAGAUGAGCAUCAUGAGAAUGUUUUGACUUUGAUCCAGAAAACCAUUGAAGUUCUUCUGGAAGAAAGCGAUGGUGUAAUGGAGAACUUUUUACUCGUUCUCUUGUCCACUCUAGGCUGUCGCAAAGAGGAGUCAACUAUGGCUGCCCGGAGGCUGGCUACGAACAUAUUAAGUGGUUGUGCUUCGAAACUAGAACAUGGGAUCAAACAGUUUUUUAUGUCUUUGAUGUCAGGAAACAACAGUCCUCAAAUGUCUGAAAUCAAUUACCACCGUAUACUUGAUGAUAUCUGUUGCAGUGCUCCACAUAUCUUUUCUGGAGUCAUUUCUUAUCUUACCGCAGAAUUAUUGAGUGAACAUCUAGAUAUUCGUCUGAAGGCAGUGAAUUUAGUGGGGGGUCUUUUUUCUCUCCCUGGACCUAUUAUACAUGAAGCAUUGCUGCCGGUUCUUUCAGAGUUUCUGACAAGACUGACCGACAGAGAUAUGGAGGUUAGAGUGGCUGUUAUUGAUUAUGUCAAGGAUUGUCUUUUGGAGAAUCCUUUCAAAGUUGAAGCUCAACCUAUGAUAUCUGGUCUUUGUGAUCGAUUGAUGGACAAUGAUGAAAAUGUUCGUAAAAAAGUUGUAUCUGUAAUUUGUGAUGUGGCAUGUCACGAUCUGAGAUACAUACCAGUCGAAACUAUUAAGAUGAUUGCAGAACGUCUACAGGAUGAAUCUCUUCUAGUUAAAAAAUAUACAAUGGAGAGGUUAGCUGAUAUACAUAGAGUAUCUUGCAAGAAUCAGCCUAACAGCGGAACAAAUGUUGGCGAAUAUGAUUGGAUCAUUAGGAAGCUUUUGAGAUGCUUCUACGAUAGAGAUUUCGGAUCGGAUACAAUCGAACCUAUCCUAUUUCUAUCCUUGUUCCCAGAUAGUUUUUCUAUAAAAGAUAAAGUGAAGAAUUGGAUUAGGGCUUUCUCUGGGUUUGACAAAUUUGAGGUUAGAGCUUUCGUGAAGAUACUACAACAGAAACAGAGGUUACAGAAAGAGAUGCAGACCUACCUUUUGAUAAGAGAGUUGUCUCAGGAAGGAGAGGAAUCUGAGAUCCAAGAGAAAGUAAAGUCCUGUUUCCGUGUUAUGUCUCACUGUUUUCGUCAUCCUUCUAAGGCAGAGGAUGAUUUUUGGACCCUGGACAAGUUAAAAGACUGUAACCUCGGGAAAAUUUUGAAGCAACUCAUUGAUCCGAUGAUCAGCUCCCCUCAAGCCAUUGACAUGCAGGAUGAAUUGCAAAAUAUCCUCGGGCAGGAGCACCAACUGUGUGAAUUUCUGAGAAUUCUUUCUAUAAAAUGCUCUUAUUCUAUGUUUUGCAAAGAUCAUGUCAAAGAACUCCUUCUGGAGACUCGUGUUCAGAAAUCUUCCGGAAAUAACGAGGGAGUUUUGUUCUGCAUGUCUGUUCUUGUGAUUCUUGCACAAUUUUGUCCUCUGCUAUUUGGAAUUGAAGAGGAUUUGGUUCAUCUUCUUGAAGGUGAUAAUGAAAUUAUAAAGGAGAGUACUCUGCAUAUUCUUGUUAUGGCAGGGGAAACUAUCCGGGAAAAAUUGGGUUUUUCAUUGAGAUCUUUAGAAUCCAUUCUUGAGUGCAUCUGCAUUGAGGGUAGCCGAUGGCAGGCUAAGCGUGCAGUUCAUGCUUUGGAAGCCAUCACGAAAGAGAAUGGCCUCAUGGCAAUCUCUGCUCUUUAUGAGAGGCUGGUGAAUAUGCUUGAAGAGAAAUCCCAUUUGCCAUCUAUAUUGCAAUCUCUUGGAUGUAUAGGAGAGGUUGCUAGGUCUGUCUUUGAAACAAGAGAAAGCGAGGUUGAAACGUUCAUUAAGGAAAAAAUACUAAAGCUUCGAUAUAUUUCAGGAAAGGAAACAAUUAGUUGGGAUGACAGAAGUGAACUUUGUUCCUUAAAGAUUUUUGGUAUUAAGGCUUUGGUGAAGAGCUACCUAAAAGUUAAAGAUGCUCAUUUUUGUUGUGGAAUUGAUGGCUUGAUUAUAAUUCUCAAGAGCAUACUUCUGUUUGGUGAUAUCUCGAGAGAGACUAAUUUAAGUUUGGUUGAUAAGGCCCAUUUGAAACUUGCUGCUGCAAAAGCUGUUCUUUGCCUUUCAAAACACUGGGAAAACAAAGUUCCAGUUGAUGUUCUUUACCUUGCAUUGCAAACUUCUGAGGAUAGCUUACCUGAGGUAAGAAAAUUCCUUGUCAAGAAGGUUCAUCAAUAUAUAAGGGACUGCAUUUUAGACCCAAAGUACGCAUGUGCCUUCCUCUUUGAUAUUUCAUCUUCACCAUCAGAUUUAGAAUUGUGUAAUUUCUAUUUAUAUGACAUCAUCAAAAUGUGUCGGGAAAGGAGGGGAUGCAAUGUUUUUCUGCAGAAUUAUUUGAGCUCACCAAGCCUUUAUCCAGAGUACAUUCUUCCAUACAUGGUCCAUUCACUUGCUCAUCAUCCAUCCUUUCCUAGUAUUGAUGGCAAAGAUGUCACAACAUUUGAACCUAUGACCAGGAAGUUGUAUUUGUUCCUGUCUAUGUUGGUUCAUGAAUACACAGACCGAGAAUCUGAUGUCGGGAUCAACAAGGACAUGGGGAGCAGCGUUUCAUUGUUGUCUUCAAUAUUUCAACGUAUCAGAUUUUCAGAAGAUGCUGUUGAUUCCAGUAAAUCGAAGAAUUCGCAUGCUCUGUGUAUCCUUGGUAUGCAAAUUCUUAAACUGCUCAGUCCAGACCAAGAUAAUUUUCAAGAUGCAAGCACGCCUGUGGCCCUACCUUCCAUGCUUUACAACCCAGAUGUGAUGAAAGGAGAAAAUAUCUUUCUGUUUGGCAAAGAGAGGUUAUGGCUGCAAGGUGUCUCAGACCACUUCGAAUCAUUUGAUCUGGGGGACAAUAUAAUUGUUCAAUCAACAAAUCCAGACGAUGAAGUCAUGAUGGACAGCGAAAGAGAGGGCAGUGAUAUGCUCCAUGAGAAGUUGAUAAAACGUCUGAUGGCUGAAGAAACAAGAGGAAGACAGGAAAGAUAUGAGCCUGUACAGGCUUUAUUAUCAAACGAACAAGAUUUUGAAAUAAUGAAAAUGGAUGAGGAAAUAGAAGCGACUGAUCUUGGUACUACUAAAAAAUUAGAUAAUUACAAUGUGUACACCCGCAGAAGGAGAGGUGGUCAUGAGCUUAAAAAGAGUAAAAUGCUGAUUGGGGAAUCAACUGAUGCUCCUAUGCCAAAACGCAGGAGGACUAGUAUUCCUCGAACUGAGAAGCCUCCCUUAGAAGUUAGUUCAAAGGGUUCCAAGGGGCCUACUAGUGAGAAUGAGAAUGAGAAAAAUAUUAUCCCUGACUCUGACAAAAGGGCUGAAACGGUUCCAACUGGUUCAGACAGUGAUAAAGGACAAGGAAACGGAAAAGGCCCAGCUCCUAACGAGACUGAUAAAGCUCCAGAACACCAAGUGCAUUCUUCUCAAAAAAGGACAAGCAAAAGGCUCAGCUCCUCCGUGAAGCCAGGCAAAAGAAAAACGCGCAAAUAUGGGUUGGCAGCCAAGAAAGGUAAAAAACCCUAUGAUGAUGCUCCCGAUUGCCCUACGAGUUCUUCCCAGUCAGAAUCUGAUGGGGAAAAACCCAAAACUGUAACUCGAUUACGAAAGCAAACAACAAAGAGCAAUGGAGGUUUAAGAGAAGAGUUAGUUGGCCGGAAAAUAAAAAUUUGGUGGCCCUUGGAUAAUCGUUAUUAUGAAGGCAUUGUGGAGUCCUUCAAAUCUAAGCACCGGAAGCACGAGAUACGGUACAACGAUGGGGAAGUUGAAGUUCUUAAAUUGGAUGAAGAGAAGUGGGAGUUUCUUACAAAGGAUCGAAAGGCCAAGGACUUCAGUUUGUCUAAGGGUUCUUGUCUUAAGAAAGAGUCUUUGUCUAGCAGUAAAAAACGCACACCACAGAAGAGUCUAAGACAAGAAUCAAAUAUCAUUACAAGGAGUACAUCCCUUAGAAAAGGCAGAGGGAAGCUGGAGAUUAGCACUGAUCCCACCUCGGAACAAGAACAUGAUAAAUCCGGUUUAGAUGUGGAAAAGGGAGAAAAUAUUGAUCAAAGUGAAGAGCUAUCCCACGUAGGAAAAGCCUCAAAUGACUCCCAAGAUGGCGAGAAACACAGUGUUACUAGUGAUUCCCACGAUGCUGACCGUUCAGACAGUGAAGACAAAUCUUCUGGCCGAAAAAGGAAAUCAAAUGAGACCAAUAAAGAAUGCGCAGAGAACAAGAGUGGCAAACACGGGAGUAAGAAUUCUGCGCUAGACGAGCUUCCUGACAAUGAAACUUUGAGGAUGUGGAGGCGGCGUGUGAAGAAAGGGUGAGGGUGGGGGGCGACAAAUAUUUUGUCAUCUAUGUGGAAUAAGUAGCCGCAUCAAGUGCAUAUUAGAUAAACUUAUGACCGAAUAUAAAUCACAUUAGGUAAGUCUUAUAUAACCGGCAAGACUAAGAGGCGUCAGGAUCAAAUGUAAAUUAUCUGUGCUAGUUGGAGUUUAAAAUAUACUUUUUUGUUGGUACAAAAAUGGUGGUUGGUUACGACAAAAGCUUAUUUUGUUAAUUUGGGAAAUGCCAUCCAUGUGUAAAAAGUGGCUGUUAGGAGAGACUUUAUCUAAUCGCCAUUGUAGCACACUAUAUGGUUUUUGUUGUUGUAUAUACUUGUAUAUAUCUAUUUGGAAAUAUAUAUAUAUUUUGACUG